AGAGAGAGAGAGAGAGAGAGAGAAAGAGAGAGUGAGAGAGAGAGAGAGAGUGAGAGGGGUGUUCGGAGUGGAAUUGAUUAAUUUGCCAUUUGAUUUAUGAUAAGAGCAUUAGGGAAUUGCAGAGAAAUGCUUGAAGGGAACACAGAGAGAUAUUCUCACUGAAACCGAAGAAGCACCCUACCCUCGCACCCGUGACCAGGCGACCCCUCACCUGCGGCUCGACGGCCUGCCCAGACCCCUCUCAACCGGUGCUGCUCCAUUCGCCCCCCGACAUCCUGCCCACCGCGUCCACUCAGAGCCAAUGGAGGGUCGCCAGAUCUGCCAUCUCCUCUGGUGUGUGCUGCUGCUCCUGGGAGCGUCCAUUAAUGUGUGGGCAUCGGAUGAGGCAGCCACAGCCCCGACACCCAAAGUUACAAAUGUACCCGAGGACACAGUCAGCAGCACCGCCACCGCCAAGCCAUCCCCUAACACGAUAAAAACAACCAAGUCCGCAACCUCUAACUCCUCGUCUGACACCAAUAACCCCGGAAGUGACUUCCCGUGGGCAAAGUGGGAGGCGAUGGUGGCGAUGGGCUUAGCUGGGCUGGCCUUCGCCUUUGUGGUCUCCACGGUGACCCUGGCUCUGCGGGUGAGGCAGCUGAAGCGGCAGGUCGGCGGGUCGCGACCCUCCCGGAGCAACGUGGACCUGGUGAGCGGGAUGGGCUACCCCAGCGCCUCCCGGGGCGGGUCCAGGUCGGGAUCCAGGGAGGCGGUCGGCGACGGACACGCAGACGACGGCGUCAGGAUGGAGGAGGUGAGGCAGACGGAGGAGACAGGAGGGGUAGGCCGGGGGGAGUCUGGAAACGGGGAGGCGUCCAGGGACGGCUCCGCCCAGACCGGCACGGCCAGCCAAUCCGUGGCCUCUCCUGCCGGCUCCUCCAAGGAGGACGUUGAGGUUCUCGUGGUAGUAUAGCUGCGUCCGUGGUAACGAUGGUGGGAGGGGCAGGGGCCUAAUGACCAUGUUCAACUCCAUGAGAUGGAGAAUGGGGUUACCAUCACCACUGCUUUCGUCAAUGGCUUCCGUUUCAUGGCGUUCCUCCCCAAAAACCAUUCACUUGCCUUUACACAGUUCAGGGAUUUUCGAUACUUGGAGAGGCUUUUAAAAUUCUAAUUGGUUGUUUGAUUUAUGUCCUGUUUCUUUCCCCAAUAUUCUGUGCCAAAUGCAGGCACAUUUAAAUCUGCUUAAAACUGCACUGUAACUGGGGCUCCUGCAUAGAUGAACUUCCAUUUGUGAAAUGGACUACUUAUACUGUACUUACUAUUGUAUAAAGCUAAGAACUUGCAUUCUGCAGCCAUAUACCAGCCAGGUUUGAACAGGCCUAAUGGUUUUUUUUUCUGUCACUUUAGGUAUUGUAAUCUUUUUCCAUCCAGUUCCUGUGACAAUUAACUCCCUGUAGUUACACACUUAACAUCUGGAUACCUGGUUUUAUUACACAGCGUGCUUUGCUUUUCUUGUUUUAAUCUCACGGAAACAAUGUGGAAUCAUUCCUGCGUUUUACGACCGACAUUUUUCAAAGUUAUUGUUAGCCGUAGUGGGAGUUAGCGGCCAGGUUGGCCUCCUGUGUAAACCUGUGCUGUACAGCACUGCCAAUAAAAAUUAUUACAUAAAAAUGAAACAUUUCCACAACACUUUUGUGAACAAUUGGGUAUCAUUAUCAAAUGGACGUCCAAAGCUAUUAUCUGAUAGCUGCAACAACGUAAUACUAUAUUACUGAAAACAAUGGCCGUGGGAUGUGUGUGAGUGAUUUCUUUUAAAGUAUUGAUGGUUUUGAAGAAGGUGAAGCUUACUGUGGAAAUCUUGUUUCAAUCUAUCGUCUUAGGAUGUGCCCAUAAUGUAUGAACAGUACAUACUUAUAAACGUUCAUACCAUGCUUUAACCGUUUCAACUGAAAUGUCAUGUUUAUAAGAAAAAAAAAAGCUGUGAAUUUUGUUCAAAAAAGUUAAAAAAUAAAGACUUAUGCUUCUAAUGA